AUGGAAGAAAAACCAGCAGAUCACAUAGAGGUGUCUCGUCACCAACCGAAAUACAAUGAUGCGUCCUCCACCGAAGACACCAUUGCACACGACGACAACGUUGGCAGAAAUGGUACUUAUGGAGAGACAGAUGUCAAUCAAGUCAAUGUCCAAGGUGCCAAAAAUGAGUAUCAGACAUUGAAACGGGAGCUCAGUCGAAUGAGUCGUAAAAGCACUCCUUCCAAAGCCGAGGAAGGUCAGGCAGGUUCAGAUGACUUUAACUUGGAUGAAUUUCUGCACGGCAUCCACCGAGAACAAGAAGAAAAUGGCCAAAAGCGUAAACAUUUAGGUGUGUCUUGGAAGAAUCUUCACGUCGAAGGUUUAGGUGCAGACGCUUUCACCAUUCCAACUGUGAUUUCAAACAUCAUGGCAGUAUUAAAGUUUUGGAGACUGUUUAAAAAGAAGAAUGCAAGUACAAAAGUGAUUAUUGACGAUCUCACUGGAUGCUGCCGAGAUGGCGAGAUGCUUUUGGUGCUCGGUCGUCCUGGAGCUGGUUGUACUUCUUUCCUCAAGGUGAUUGCCAACAUGAGAGGUGCUUACACACAUGUGGGCGGCGAAGUCAAUUAUGGCGGCAUUGAUCCCAAAGAAUUUGCAUCGAAAUACAGGGGCCAAGUGUGCUAUAAUGAAGAAGAGGAUCAGCACUACCCCACUUUGACUACCAAACAAACACUGCAAUUUGCUCUCCGUACAAAGACACCUGGCAAGCGUUUGAAUGAAGAAUCCAAAAAGGAUUUUGUAGAUCGUGUCAUCUACUUGCUCGGCAACAUGCUUGGUUUGACAAAGCAAAUGGACACCAUGGUCGGUAAUGCCUUUGUGCGUGGUCUCUCUGGUGGCGAACGUAAGCGUCUCUCUAUUGCAGAACAAAUGACGACGCGUAGCACCAUUAAUUGCUGGGAUUGCUCUACUCGUGGUUUGGAUGCGGCUUCUGCCCUUGAUUAUGUCCGGUCUCUUCGCAUCAUGACAGAUGUAUUCAACAUCACCACCAUUGCAACUCUUUAUCAAGCUUCCAACAGUAUUUUCAACUUGUUUGAUAAGGUGCUACUUUUGGACGAAGGCUACUGCAUCUAUUAUGGCCCUACCAGUGGUGCUAAGGAUUAUUUUGAUGCUCUUGGAUUCCACAGACCCUCCAGAAAAUCACUGCCUGAUUUUCUCACUGGUUUAUGUAAUCCUGUCGAACGUGAAUUUAAGCCAGGUUUCGAGGAUUCAGCACCCAAACAUGCAUCAGAGUUUCAAACUGCCUAUCUACAAUCAGAGAUCUACAAGACCAUGUUGAAUGACUUUCAAGCAUACAACGAAGCAGUGGAGAAGGAGAAUAAGGCAGCUAAUUUUGCUGACGCUGUUCACGAAGAACACCAAAAACGUGCAAAGAAAAGCACACCUUAUAUUGCGUCUUUCUACCAACAAGUCAAGGCACUUACUAUUCGCCAGCAUCAUUUGCUCAUCAAGGACAGACAAGCCCUCAUCUCUCGAUACGGCACAAUUCUCAUUCAGUCUCUGAUUACAGCUUCUUGCUUCUUCCAACUUCCACUCACUGCAACGGGCGCGUUUUCGAGGGGUGGUGCUCUUUUUUUCGCAGUUCUGUUCAACUCUUUUAUCUCCCAGUCAGAGCUAGUGAGGUUUCUCACAGGACGGCCCAUCCUCGAAAAACACAAGCAAUAUGCUUUGUAUAGACCCUCGGCCUUCUACAUUGCUCAAGUCAUUAUGGAUAUUCCCUAUGCUUUAGUGCAAGUAUUGCUGUUUGAGAUUUGCGCCUACUUUAUGAUGGGCUUGAACUUGACAGCUGGCAGAUUUUUCACCUUCUUUAUUGUCCUGUUCUUUUUGAACAUGUGCAUGAAUGGUUUCUUCCGUUUCUUUGGCGCCAUAACCUCUAGCUUCUUCUUGGCUACUCAAAUCACUGGUGUACUGCUUAUUGCCAUCACAUCAUAUACUGGCUAUACUAUUCCCUACAAGAAAAUGCAUCCCUGGCUGUUCUGGAUCUAUUACAUUAAUCCAAUCACAUACGCAUACAAGGCCUUGCUUUCUAACGAAAUGUCGGGUCAAGUGUACUCUUGUGUUGGUAUUGGAAACGCUGUUCCUUAUGGGCCUGGUUACGAUGACUGGAACUACAUGGUGUGUACUAUGCAAGGUGGUGUCGCCGGUGAAGACUUUGUUCGUGGUGAUAGUUAUCUUUUAGAAGCAUUGAGUUACAAGCCAUGGCAACUGUGGGCUCCUGAUUUCGUAGUUGUUGUCGCCUUCUUCCUGUUCUUUACAUUUAUCACUGCUUUGGCUAUGGAGUUGGUUGGCAUGUCCAAGUCAUCUACAUUGACCAAGCUCUAUUUACCUGGCAAAGCACCCAAACCUCGCACCAUCGAAGAAGAAGAUGCACGUCGUUUAGCACAGCAAAAGGUCACUGACAAUAUGGACAAAAUGUCCACUGGCACAACUUUCUCAUGGCAACAUGUUCAUUACCACGUUCCUUUCAAGGGUGGCCCACUUCAUUUGUUGAACGACAUCUCUGGUAUAGUCAAGCCUGGGCAUCUCUGCGCUUUGAUGGGCUCCUCCGGCGCUGGUAAAACCACGUUACUUGAUGUGCUUGCUCGUAGAAAGACCAUUGGUAAAGUAGAAGGCAAUGUGUACCUCAAUGGUGAGGUCCUGAUGACUGAUUUCGAGCGUAUCACUGGCUACUGUGAGCAAAUGGAUAUUCAUCAACCUGCUGUUACUGUGCGUGAAGCCCUUCGUUUCUCUGCCUACCUUCGUCAACCCUCCGAUGUGCCCAAGGAGGAGAAGGAUGCUUAUGUCGAGCAAAUUAUUUUGCUCUUGGAAAUGGAUGAUAUUGGAGACGCUCAAAUCGGUGAUGUUGGUAGUGGCUUUGGCAUCUCUGUAGAAGAACGUAAACGUCUGACUAUUGGUAUGGAGCUCGUUGGAAAACCUCAGUUGCUCUUCUUGGAUGAACCCACCUCUGGUCUGGAUGCUCAAUCUUCUUUCAACAUUAUCCGUUUCAUUCGUAAGCUUGCUGAUGCUGGUUGGCCUGUGCUUUGUACCAUUCACCAACCUUCUGCUAUCUUGUUUGAAUACUUUGACCACCUGUUGCUCCUUGUGCGAGGUGGACGUACUGCCUACUAUGGUGAGAUUGGCAAAGAUUCGCGUACCAUGAUUGAUUACUUUGAGUCCAAUGGUGGUCCCAAAUGCUCCCCUGAAGCCAAUCCCGCUGAAUACAUUCUCGAAGUAGUAGGUGCUGGUACUGCCGGUAAAGCCACUAAAGAUUGGGCAGACGUCUGGCAGAAUUCAGAAGAGGCCAAGUCCCUCGCUGUUGAACUGGAUGAAAUCGAUAGAACCGCUGACAAAAAACCUACUCGUAAGGCUGACAUGUAUGCUACUCCCCUGAGCACUCAAUUCCGUCUCGUCAUGAGCCGUAUGACAUUUGCUUACUGGCGUGCUCCCGACUACAAUAUUGGUCGUUUCCUCAACAUUAUGUUUACUUCCUUGGUCACUGGUUUUACCUUCUGGAAGCUUGGUUCUUCCUCUUCAGACAUGAUGAACAAAGUGUUUGCUUUGUUCAGUACCUUCAUCAUGGCCAUGACCAUGAUUAUUCUGGCCCAACCAAAAUUCAUGACUGAACGUUUGUAUUUCCGUCGUGAGUAUGCUUCGAGAUAUUAUAGCUGGUUACCAUUUGGCAUCAGUGCUGUGCUAGUGGAAAUCCCUUACAUCAUCUUCUUUGCUGCUGCCUUUAUGUUUGGUUUCUACUGGACCGCUGGUAUGAACAACACCCCUGAAUCUUGUGGUUAUUUCUACAUUACCUUUGUCGUAUUGGUCUGCUGGGCUGUAACCUUGGGUUUCUGUAUUGCUGCUGUAGCUGAACUGCCUACUAUGGCCGCUGUGAUUAACCCACUGUUCAUCUCUAUUCUCAUUCUUUUCUGUGGUUUGAUGCAAGCACCAUCCGCUAUGCCCAAAUUCUGGAGCUCUUGGAUGUAUUGGCUUGAUCCUUUCCAUUACUACAUUGAAGGUUUAGCUGUGAAUGAGUUGGCUGAUCUCCAGGUACAAUGCACUGAUGAAGAUUUGCUCAAAUUCCCCCCUCCUCCUGGUCAAACAUGUGGUCAAUACAUGGCCAAUUUCUUUUCAAAUGGUGCUACAGGCUAUGUGGCCAACCCUGAUGCUGUUCAACCAGAGCAAUGUGGCUAUUGCACGUAUAAAUCAGGUCCUCAAUUUUAUGAAACUGGUAUGCAAUGGAGUGCUUCUCACAAGUGGCGUAACUUUGGUAUCCUCAUUGCCUUUUUCAUAUUCAACGUUUUCGUCUUUAUCUUGGUCGUUUUCUUGAGAAGAAAGGGUAGACGCUAA